CCCACCGGCUCCUAAACCUCCCCAAUCCACCACAACCGCCCAAAAUGGACUUCCUCAAGCCUUUCCUCCCCCAAUCCGAGGGCAUUCUGCCUUACUACAUGCUCAUCCUCUCCGUCAUCUCCAUCGGCAACUCUAUCCAGACCUACACGACCCUCCACUUCUCGCGACGAGUCUACAAUGGCCGCUUCCUGCCUAACCCCCGUAUCGCUCCCGCCUCGGCCGAUCACAACCCGGAAGACCGCACCGAUAAGCUGAUUCCCGCCGCCAACCAGAAGGACCCCAAGGCCGUCGACCAAAUGACCCCCCUUGCCGGCCGCCUCUUUGGCACAUGGACCAUCAUCACCAGCAUUAUCCGCUGCUACGCCGCCUACAACCUCCACUUCGGCCCCGUCUACAACAUGGCCAUUUGGACCUACGUUGUCGCGCUUGGCCACUUUGCCAGCGAGCUCUUUGUUUUCAAGAGCAUGAGCUUCGGCGUUCCCCAGCUCUUCCCAUUCACUCUGGCCACCAUGGCUCUUAUCUGGAUGCCCAUGGUUCGCGAGCACUACGUCCAGUUUGAAUAGAGCGGUGCGCGGAAAUGCGUGGCCUUUGCUUAUAGUUUAUGUAAUAUCAUGUAAAUUCAAAUCUAAUUUCAACUCGCCAGACCUCUCGCCAUGCUUCUACUACAUAUUGUUUUCGGGGAUAUCAAAGUACAGCUACGCUUAAAGAUUGUUGCGGUAGAGCUCGCCGCCACAGUCACGCAGUCUCGCUGCGGCCUGUUCAGGGGUGAUGUCUCUCUGAGGCUCAGCCAUCAGCUCAAAGCCAACAAGGAACUUUCGGACCGUGGCAGAGCGCAGCAACGGCGGGUAAAAGUGCAUGUGCAGGUACGAGUUAUCAAUCUCCUCUUGCGUACCGCUCAGCGGUGCCUGGUGGAUGCCAGAGCUGUACGGGAAGUUGCAUUCAAAGAGGUUAUCGUAGCGGCGAGUGACCUCCUGAAUGGCCUCUGCAAAGCCAAGGCGCUCUUCGUCGGUAAAGUCGACCAGAGCGCGGACGUGGCGCUGAGGGAGGACAAGCACUUCAAAUGGCCAGACAGCCCACCAGGGGCAGACGACCAGAAAGUGCUCGCUUUGCCAGACAAUACGCUCUUCUUUUUGGAGCUCGAGCUUGACGUAAUCCGCUAAUAAGUGGCGGCCGUGCUUGUUAAAGUACUUGGUCAUGCUAGCGAGCUCUUUGGCGGGUUCUUCGGGCAUGAUAGAUGUCGUCCAAACUUGGCAAUGGGGAUGAGGGUUUGAGCAGCCCAUGGCCGCACCUUUGUUUUCAAAGAUUUGCAUGUAGCGGUAUUCGUCCUUGGGGAACGGGGCGUCGUCUUUGGUGAUGGAGAGCUUCAGAUUGUCAGAAAGCGCCUUUAGCGGAUUCGAUUUGGCCAGGUGGUUGGCAUAAAUUUGAGUCCAGUGCUCGACUGUGGGCAGAGUGUCUUGGGCAGACAUGUCGGCAAAGGUGACGUUGUGUUUGGGG